CCCUCGCCCCUCUGCCUGCCGCUCCCCAUGCCCGCCCGCAAGCGCGCCGCAGCGACCAAGGCGGCCGAGAGCAGCACCUCGGCCUCGCCACGCCGCGCGGCCGCCUCCGACGCACCCGCCGCCGCGGCACGGCGGCGCCUCAACACGCCUCGCCCGCUGCGCCUCCUCUGCGCGCUCCUCUCCCUCGCAUGCGCCACAUACCUGGCCGCGCCCUGGCUGCUGGCUCGCCUCGAUGCCUCCUCACCACCCCGCGCCGCAUCAUCGUCCACGCUGCGCACCUCGCCGCCCGGCUUUGAUGCCGACACUCCCUACGCGCCGCAGCCGGCGCUGCCCUUCCGGCAGGCCCCGCUCGCCUAUCCCAACCGCACCUCGCGCCUGCGCUCCGUCGACGCGCUGCGCCGCAACGCCAUCAAGCUCGCCUUUACCGACUCCUGGGCCGCCUACGCGGCAGACGCAUGGCCCGCCGACGAGUACCAUCCCCUCUCCCACGGCGGCACCAACCUCAGCGACGAGGGCCCCGUGGGAUACACCAUCAUCGAUGCGCUCGACACCAUGCUGCUCAUGGGCCUGCAGGACGAGUAUCGCAAGGCGCGCGACUGGGUGCGCGACCACCUGACGUGGGAGCGCGGCGGCAGGUUCAACGUCUUUGAGACGACGAUUCGUUCCCUAGGCGGCCUCCUCUCCGCCUCCGCUCUCUGUUCCGAGCAUGCCGUCGCCUCUCAGCUGUGCGAUGCCGGCGACGCGGCCCUCUUCCUCUCGCGCGCCGAGGAUCUGGCGCUGCGGCUCACGCCUGCGUUCGCGGCCACAAAGACGGGCGUGCCGCUGCGAGAGGUCAACUUCAAGACUGGCGAGGUGUAUGCGGAUCAGGACAAUCAGGGCAAGGCCAGCUUGGCGGAAGCUACUACUGUGCAGCUCGAGUUCAAGUACCUGGCGCACCUGACAGGCACGAAGGCCUAUUGGCGUCUUGCAGAACGGCCGAUGGAAGUGGUGCGCAAGGCCACACAGAGUGGGCCGUCGGAUGGCCUGCUGCCGAUCUUCCUCAGUCCCGACACGGGCAAGUUCUGGAUGUCCGACAUUCGCCUGGGCAGCCGCGGAGACUCGUACUAUGAGUAUCUGAUCAAGCAGCAUCUGCAGACCAACCGCACGGAGGGCGUCUACCGAAACAUGUAUGACCGUGCCAUGUCGGGCGUCAAGAAGCACCUCGUCAAGCAAAGCACCUUCUCCAAGCCUCCUCUGCUUUACACCGCCGAGAUCAGUCCUCGCCUGCUGCAAGGGCACGACCGACCUGUCUUCACUCUCAUUCCAAAGCAAGACCACCUCGUCUGCUUCCUCGGCGGCUCCUUCAUGCUUGGUGCCCUCUCCUCCUCUCCCGCUUCAGCCUGGCGCUCUUCCUCGCGCGACGAUCUCGACGAUCUGCAGCCGUACGCGCAGGAGGACUGGAGUGUGGGCCACGAGCUCAUCCGCACGUGCUACGACACGUAUCGCGGCACCAAGAGCAAGCUGGCGCCCGAGAUUGCCAUGUUUCGUCUGGAGGAUGAAGCAGAGGCAAGAUUUGAGGAUUGGUACAUCAAGCAAGCGCCGCGAGCCGCGCCGCACAUUCCGCGCCCGUCGCCGCUCAUCGAUGCGCGCAACAUUCUGCGCCCCGAGACCGUCGAGAGUCUGUUCAUUGCCUUUCAGCUCUCGGGCGACCCCAUCUAUCGGCAGUGGGGCUGGGACAUCUUCCAGGCCUUCGUCCGACACGCCAGACUGCCGUCGGGGGCGUUUGCAAGCAUCAAGAAUGUGCAGGCAGACCUGUUUGACGAGGGCAUCGAGCAUGAAGAUCGCAUGGAGAGCUUCUGGCUCAGUGAGACACUCAAGUAUCUCUACCUGCUCUGUGA